UCGAACAGCCGCCAAAAGAAGAUAAAUCAGUGGCAGCACUGGACAAACGAAGUCAUUCCUUCCCUGAUCACUCCAUACCUUGUGUACUUGCACAAAUCGACCUCUCUUCGUGAUCAAAUUGGACUGCAGCAAGAUCAAGUUAAUGCCUUUCAGUGCAAAUCCUCUUAUAUUGACAUGUUGAAAAUUGAUUGUUGCACUUGCGCACCUGCUCCCCUUCAGCUCCUGGCUCGCGGUUACUUUUCCUGCACACCUAUUGCCCCUUCCCUCGCUGUCGACCUUCAGUUGCUGGAACUUGUCAAGACUUUGUUUGUGCAUAUCACUCCCAACACAACUGCUUGGUGUGCAACACUCAAAGUCUUUCUGACUGGCCACAGAUAUCACCUUACCACUAAGGUGAGUCAAGUGCCCGCAUUGAGUUUUGGUCAUGUGGAUCAAUAUUAUUAUAGGAUAAUCUUUGUUGUUGAUUCGGUAAUGCCUAUCAUUGGUACUCUGUACUCUGCAUGA